AGAACCGAAAUCUAUGCAAAUGUGUAAAUACAAGAACUGUGUACGCCGCACAUCUACUGUGAGUGCGUUUUUAGUUACGUGCGCGCACACACAAAGUGUUUUUUCCAGCUCUGAUUACCUGAUUUGGUAAUUUUUGUCCUUUUCUUUUAAUCUUUUUAUGUUUGCAAAAUAGUUCGAGGUGGGAGAGAAAUGUGGUGCAUUUAAAUGUGGCAUGUUCUGCUCUGAUCAAUCAGUACGAAUUCUGUGUCCAACCAAAUCACAUCUAUUUCGAAAAAGUAAAAAGUGUUUUGCAGAAGAGAAAACGUGUCUUCGAACAGUAAAUUGGAUGAACCUAUUUGUAGCAUAAUAGGAGAAUGGUGAUCGGAAUGAACCGUGUGAUGGCGAUGAUGAAGAUUUUUUUCUGCAUUACGUUAUUAAUAACAGUUGUUGCAAGCGAUACAACUCCUGCAACAAAUGUGACGGCAUUCCUUGAGUUUAUGGAAAAACAUGAAGCCCAACUGAAAUUCAGCGAGAAGAAAGAUGUAACUUUGAUGUUGGGAAACACGGGCGCGGGCAAAAGUACGUUAACAUUAUUGAUCACCGAUGUUGAAUUGUUCUCGGUUGAAAUCGGCGAAAAAGAUUCGGGCGAGUUUAUAAUUGUUGACAAAGAUGAAAAAAUCAGCGGAAUUUCGACAACCAAAUCAAAAACCAUUGUGCCUGAUCUGAUGAUCGAAAAUGACAACGUAUAUUAUGAUUGUCCCGGAUUUUCCGACUCAAGAGGUGUAACGCACGACAUUUCCGUCACGUAUUUAAUCCAAAAAGUGAUUCGACAUGCCGAUAGCGUAAAAUUGGUGUUUGCAAUCAGUUAUUCGUCGGUGAAAAAUGGUGCAGGCGAUCGAAAUGAUUUUAUGGAGCUGGUGAAGCAUGCCAUCAAUUUGGUGAAAAAUGUCGACAAAUAUCAGAAUGCCAUUGCAUUGGUGGUGACGAAGGUCGAAAAUCGAUAUACAAAGAAAGGUGGCAAACUCAUUCCCAUCGGCGAUAAAACAUUGAUUGCUGGUAUUGGACAGUUUUUACAACAAGUAAAAACUGGAUUAAUGACGGAAUAUGGCGACAAAUCCAUUUCAAACGAAGAACGUGCACUGCUUGGUAAGAAAUUUAAAUUUGUUGAUACGUUGCUGGAAAUGAAUAGCCGUGAUGAAUAUACACGCAUUGGAAUUUUGCGGCUUGCCGAUGAAGCUGGAGCCGUAAAGGAUUUACCAAUGUUGCAAAUGGAAAAAUUGAGCAUUCAAUCGAUGAUUAAGCAAAAUAUUCAAUUCGUUCGAAAGGAUAAUGCCGAUUUUGGCUAUGCCAUAUCGCACGAGUCGAAAAAUAGCGUUCAAGAUUUGUUGGUGAGAAUCCAAAGCGAUUUAAGACGUGAUUUAAUGGACAUCGUGAAAAAAGUGGACGUAUGGUUUAUGGAACAAAUCGAAAUGACUGCCGAUCGAAAUGAAUUGAUGGAAAAAACGUAUUUUGCCCAUGACAAACUGUACGACAUUGAAUCAAACGAAUUGAAAGUGUAUGCAAACGAUGUGGCUGAUUGUGCCAAAGAUUUCGGCAUUAACAUUACGGACAAAAAACUGCAACGAAUUCAACGGAACAUUGAUUUUGCCGUAUUUUUGUAUGAAGUCACCAAUGCGAAUCCGACCAUUUUGUACGACAUCUCCAACGAAGUGGCAACUGGAAUGAAGAGCAUGCUAAGAGAUCGCUAUCGUGACUUGUUGACGAAGAUGAAAAAGUAUCUCAAGAUUGAAACAGAAAGUACCCUCGACGAUAUCAGAGAGUUUUAUGUGUAUCAAGUUGAGAAGAACAUCAUCGAUAUUGGUCAAUUGAAUGAAAAAAUGACGACUGCACUGACCAAAUUGAACGACGUGCACUCAGAAGAUUUGAAAGAAUGUGCGAAGAAAAUAUUCAAUGUGGCAUCUGAUUUGAAUAUUGGCAUUGCGACGAAGAAAUCAAACAAUCUAUUGCGACACAUUGAAUUUGUUGAUUUCCUAUGCAACAUCACCAAUAUCAAUUCAACGGUUCUCUUUGACGUCACGAACGUAAUGGCCAAUCUAACACAAUACUUCGAAGACUCUCGCACAUGGUAUACAUUUUUGAUUGACUUACACGACGAAUCUUCAAAGUAUGAAGUGCAAACCACCGCUACCGCAUAUGACGUAUCGCAGCUUAUGAGCGAAUGUAUUGUUGGCGAAAACGAUUUUGUCGAUGUUAAAAGUAUCAGCUUAAAAGGAUAUUGUGAACACGUUGGCAGUAAAAUCUAUUCUUUGGUGCAAAAUCUGCACGUAAAUUCAUACAAACUCAAAGCAUUACGAGCCGUAGUCAACCGAACAAUGGUCGACAAUCAUCUGCAAUCAUCAUUUUCAUCUGGAAAAUUAAUUGUCAAAGGAUAUAAUGUCCGAUUAAGUGAAAUCGUUCAAAUGCAAUGGCAAAAUGACUCAAAGUCAAUUGAGGUGUUUGCAUUGAAUAAUUUGUUUAUCGAUGCCAGUUUGGACAAAGUUGGAAAGAAAGCGCAAAUCACAUUCAUUGCACCCAAUUGGUAUGUAGUCGGUGAUUGGAAAAUAGAUUUGCGUGGUCAGGAUGCACAGCAAUAUGCAGAACGGGCAAAAGAUGGAGUAGGUAAACCAGCAAAUGGGCUUGUUGGAAAACCGGGCAAAGCUGGAGGACCCGGUGGCCUUUUCAUUGCCGUUGGCAAUAAAUUUUACAAUGGAAAGCAGCUGCAAGUUGAAAUUAGUGGUGGCAACGGUGGUGAUGGUCAACAUGGUGGUCGAGGUACGAACGCAAUCAAAGGCGAAGACGCCAUGGAUCGUGAUUACAACAUUGGCGAUUUGACAUAUUUUGCUGAAAACAAAGACGUAACAAUUGAACACAAGAAUGGAUUUCCGUACGAACACAUUACAUUCACUACAUAUGGCAAAAACGGAACUGCAGCUGGAAACGGUGGUGAUGGUGGAUCGGGUGGCAAGGGUGGUUUCCCAGGAAAAUUUAUCACGAUUGGUUUGAAACAAACAGCAAGCUUUAAAAUUUUCAGUGACAUAGGAAAAGACGGAAAGCAGGGUGAUGGAGGCAACCAAGGAUCUAAUGCCAGUGCUCAUAUUAUUGUGCGUAAAAAAUACUACGAUAAACCAAUUAAUUUAUUGAUGAUAAGUUAUGUAAGUGAGGAGGUGAAGAACGGUUUGGCGAUUCCGGCUGGUCAAAGGGGAGAAGAUGGUAAAAACGUGGCAGGCAGAGAAAGUCCAACGAAAUCCGAUGAGUUCAACAAUCCAUCACAAAUUAUAAACGAGUACAAGAAUUUUGUUCGAGAAAAUCUAGCGCAAAGCAUUCGUGAAACGGAUUUAAAACAAUUCAUUAAAAAUAUCAAUGGAAAUGAGCAAAUUCAAUCACUCUACGAUACCCUUGGUUUGGUUGACGAGUUCCAUGGAAUUGAAAAUCAAUAUUAUUCGUUGCGAAAUCGGGUUAGUUUCACUUCGGACAUCCAAUCAAUUCUAAAUCGAACAACUGCGUAUGCCAACAAUGGAAAACUUUCAAACGACGAUAAAACGAUGCUAAACUAUUUGCAUUCGGCUAUAUUGAGCAAAUUAUGCAGCAUUCGUGAUGGAAACGCUCAUCAGUCAAUUCUCGAUUUGCCACAAUACUUGAAAUUGGUCACAGAAAAUAUCGGAAAAUUGGAGAAGAUCGAACGACAAGUUAUCAUUCAAGAACAUCAAAAUGAAUUCAAACAAUCGUUGCAAACAAAAAUCGACUCAGCAAAUAAUUUGAUUAAAAAUCAAAUAACCACCGAAAUCGAUAGCAUUUUCUCGGAAAUUGAGUUGGAUAUUCAUCGUUUGAUCAACGAAUCGAUUGCCAAACAGAAUGAAACCAAGGAUAAUAUAAAAGCAUUAGAAGAAGCAUUACGAUUGCAGCAACUCCAACUGCCAAUCAAAAUGGUUAGUUCGAUAUUAUCGUUUUUAGGACCAAAAGGUGCCAUUGCCAGUUCGGUGCUGAACUGUGUGAUUCGCGAUGAUAAAUCACCCGAUGCAAUUCAAAUGGUGAAUGAACAGUUCAAAAAUUCGAUGGCCGAAGUGUCGAAACAAUACAAACAGAAGCCAAAUCAAUUCCUUGCCGAAUUGAAGAAGCUCGAACAGACGCUCAUUGAUGAAGAGGCCUCAUCAGAUAUGAUCGAAUUGAAGAAAAAUGUGACGGCUUUGAAGAAAAAACUCGAACAACAAAUCGAUGUGAAUUCAUUCCCUGACCUCAAGCAGUUCGAUGAAUUUCGCAAAGAAGUGGAAAAAUACGCGAAUGAAAAGAAGAAGGCAUUUAAAGAGGAGAAGAAGAAGAAGAAAGAAGCAAUAGAGAAAUCAACCAGCGACGAUGAAAAGAAAAAACUAUCGAGCGAAAUUGAGAAAAUUGAUAAGAAAUUGAAUCAAGUGGCACAUAUGAAACGGGUUUUAAAUACAGGGAAAUUGGUGCUCGGAACCUAUUCGAAUUUGUUGAGCAAUUUGAAUGAAAUGGAAAAAACGAAAAAAGCGAUUAAAAAUGUCGAAGGUCAAUUGGAAGCAUUGGAACAGCAUGAGCAAAAUAUUUACGAUGUAAUGCUACCGCAGUUGCGUGCAAUGGAGCUCAGUAUCCAAGUGGUCGGUGAUAAUUUGAAAGGAAAAUCUCAUGUUGAUUUAGACGUUCGGAAAUGGGGUGUUCAAACAAUGGUCAAAGGUGUCAAACGGGAAUUCCUUAAGAUGACCACCGAUUUCAAUGUACAAGGCGAUCUACUCCAUUGCGUUGACAAGCUGAAUGAAGCAAUGGCCAUAUUGAUUGACAUCUACAAUCGGAUAGAUUCAUACAUUGAAAAGGCUGAAUUGACUGAAUACAUCGCAAAAAUUGGCUCAGGCAAGCCACAAUUGACGGCAAAUCCCAAAGUAAACGAGGCCAUCAACAAUUUAGAUAAAAUGAUUCAAACGAAUAUGGUGUUGAAUCAAUACGAACUGGCUAUACAGGCAUUCAAACAGCAUAAAUUCCCAUUUGCCCAUAUUUAUAUGGACAAAUUUCAAUUGCCAGACAAUCUCCAAUUUGACAGUACCAAGACACUCAAACAAAAGGCCGUCUAUCAAAUUGAUAAUUUGAAAAAAGAACUCCAACUAUCGAGCAUUUCAAUCGGAAAGUAUGACAAAGACAUCAUUUAUGACGAAUACAAUAACGCAGCGCCCUUUUACACGUGGCCGUACAACGAAAUUACAAAUGAAAUCGGCAAAUUGCUGCGCGGCGAACAAAUAUUGGUUCGUGCUGAAAUCGCUAACGGAAUUGAUCAGAAUGCCGUUAAAUUCAACGACAUCGGCAUUUAUUUGAAUGUGACCAAGGAACGACAGUCCGAAUUGGAUGCGACACUUGAAGGUUUCAAAGUCGACAUGACUAUGAUUGGAAAUACUUAUUAUCGAUGCGCCAAUCGAGCCUACUCCGUGUCGGUAGACGAUAAUAUUGUAUAUGAAUACGCUUUUUCACAAGGUCAAACGAAAAGUACAACGUGCAACAAUGAAGUGUGUCGUAAAAUUGGCAAGAGUGAUUACUUCCUCAGUCCGUAUGCAUUGUGGGGUAUCAAAUUGAUUGGCGAUUUCAACAAGUUGCAGCCAUUUAAACGUGAAUCAAUUGACUUGAAACUCAUUGGUCAUGGUCAAUAUUUUAAAUCAACCGAUUCAAACGCUCAGGACAUUUGCACCACCCAUUUGGACAAAUAUUAUAAUUUCGAUGGCAUUAUCUCAAACAAACGUCUCAUCAAUUGAUAAAUAACUUUAAAUAAUAGCACCAUUUUUGUGUAAUUCAUUUCAUGCAUACAAUUACAAAUUAACUAACUAUUUUAUACCGGAAAAUAAAGAAAACAUUUUGACAAAUAAA